AUGGCAUCUGAGUCUGGAUUCAGUCUCCAUGUCACAGUCUACAUUGACCCAGCCAAUGUGCCCAAGUUCUUUGAGUAUCUCAAGCCAGUCUACGACGCUGUAAUUGCCGAGCCCGAGUGUCGCUUCUUCGAACUGUAUCAAUCCCCAGAGGACCCUGGGACCUUGAGUUGGGUUGAGGACUGGACGAUGAGCACUCAGGACUUCAUGGAGAAACAAGUAACGAAGGAAUACUACAAAGAAUACUUUGCUGCCACGGAGCCUAUGUUCUUGAAGCCUAGAGAGUUCAAGAUCUACAACAGAAUGGGACCGCCAUACUUCAUGGCCAAGGAUUAG